AUGUUUUCCCCCAGCCAGGAGGAGCACUGCGCGCCUAACAAGGAGCCCGUCAAGUACGGGGAGCUGGUGGUGCUGGGGUAUAAUGGAUCCCUCCCUAAUGGUGACAGAGGACGCAGGAAAAGCAGAUUUGCCCUUUAUAAGCGACCUAAGGCAAAUGGAGUUAAGCCCAGCACUGUUCAUGUGAUUUCUACUCCCCAAGCAUCAAAGGCGAUCAGCUGUAAAGGUCAGCACAGUAUCUCUUACACAUUAUCCAGAAACCAGACUGUUGUAGUGGAGUAUACUCAUGAUAAAGAUACAGACAUGUUUCAGGUUGGGAGGUCAACAGAAAGCCCCAUAGACUUUGUAGUAACAGAUACUAUUUCUGGAAGUCAAAAUAAUGAUGAAACCCAGAUUACGCAAAGCACCAUAUCCCGUUUUGCAUGCAGGAUUGUUUGUGACAGGAGCCCACCAUAUACAGCAAGGAUUUUUGCAGCUGGAUUUGACUCGUCUAAAAAUAUAUUUCUUGGUGAAAAAGCGGCGAAGUGGAAAAAUCCUGAUGGCCACAUGGAUGGAUUGACAACUAAUGGGGUGCUGGUCAUGCAUCCAAAAGGAGGGUUCACGGAGGAGUCUAAACCUGGAGUUUGGCGGGAAAUCUCAGUCUGUGGUGAUGUGUACACUCUCCGGGAAACCAGAUCUGCUCAACAAAGGGGGAAACUGGUAGAAAAUGAGACCAACGUCCUACAAGAUGGCUCUCUCAUUGACCUGUGUGGAGCCACCCUUCUGUGGAGAACGGCAGAUGGACUGUUUCACACUCCAACUCAGAAACACAUUGAAGCUCUGCGACAGGAGAUAAACGCUGCCAGACCACAGUGUCCUGUUGGGUUAAACACUUUAGCAUUUCCCAGCAUCAACCGUAAAGAUGUGGUAGAAGAGAAGCAGCCUUGGGCGUACCUCAGCUGCGGUCAUGUUCAUGGCUAUCACAACUGGGGACAUCGCAGUGACACAGAAGCCAAUGAGCGGGAGUGUCCUAUGUGCAGAACCAUUGGCCCCUAUGUGCCUCUUUGGCUUGGUUGUGAAGCAGGCUUUUAUGUGGAUGCUGGUCCUCCAACUCAUGCUUUCACCCCCUGUGGACAUGUGUGCUCUGAGAAGUCUGCAAAAUACUGGUCUCAAAUCCCACUGCCUCAUGGUACUCAUGCAUUUCAUGCUGCCUGCCCUUUUUGUGCAACACAACUGUCUGGGGAACACAACUGCAUCAAGCUAAUUUUUCAGGGUCCAAUUGACUGA